AUGCCCCAUAUAGCCAACACCCCCGAAUCCCUCCUCCCGCGGACCGACUCCCUAAACCCAUCCACAACAUGCCGCGGAACGACCAACAGCGGAAAACCCUGCCGCCGACCCCUAACAACCUCCCCAGAUAGUCCACCACCCGCCAAACUCGCCAAAUCAGACCCCUCCGUGCUCUUCUGCUGGCAACACAAAGACCAAGCCGCGUCUGUCCUCCAAGAAGCAACUGCCGCCGCCGCAGCACCAAAUGGCACUAAUCCAUCCGCGCAAGCGAAUCCCCGAACUAGUAUCGACACGCUCAUGGAACGACUGGGCGUGAUGGAUCUGAACGGGGGUGACGGGUCGAAACCACAUCGACGGAGGACCCAGAAACAGAAGAAAAAGAAGAAGACAAGACGCACGAUAUGUUGCUGUUUCGAGGUCAUCGAGGAAGAAGAUCUGCCUGUACCUGCGAGACCGGUUCAAUCUCCACCAUCUCAGCCUGCACCUCAACCUCAAAUGACACAAGUCUCCACACCACCCGUCGACCGUGCCCGACAAAAAGACCCCAUCAUGAAAUGGAUCCCGCCCACAUUAUCCGAUCAAACAACCACAGUCCUAGCCAGCGAACUCGAGAAACCGAUCUCCGAUGCCGACGAGCCCGGAUACAUCUAUAUGUUCUGGAUGACGCCGACAGACGGAACGAACAACAACGGCAACGAGAUGACGCGAUCCGGAUCAGGAGGACCACCAACGCGGGCACCAACACGGGAACUCGCGUCGUCGUUACUAGCGCCAGAGACCGGGUCCAGUCGACAUCAGAACCCGCGACGGAUCAGCGACGCGUUGCAGACGGCUCGGGAGAUGAAUAGCCUGACGACUAAUCCCACGGAGACGAGUCCGGGGACGUUACGGUUGAAGAUCGGACGCGCGAAUAACGUGCAGCGACGGUUGAACGAGUGGUCGAGACAGUGCUCGCAUGAACUCACCCUCAUUCGGUAUUACCCCUAUACUCCCUCGACACCGUCGCCGUCGCCGUCGCCGUCGCCGGCACGACACGGGGCAGCGGGAAGGCACGCGAGCCCUGGAGGACUUCAGGCGGGACGCAAAGUGCCGCAUGUGCAUCGCGUGGAGCGACUGAUUCAUCUGGAACUGGCGGAUGUCAAGGCGCGAGACUUGGGCAAGUGUCCGGACUGCGGCAAGGAGCACCGCGAGUGGUUCGAAGUGCCGGCGGACAAGGCAUCUCUGAAACGGGUGGACGACUGCAUACGCAGAUGGGUGGAAUGGGCCGAAACUCAUUGA